AUGCGAUUCUCUGUUGCCUCAACACUUUUGGCGCUCGCCACGGUCGCCUCCGCUGCUUCCUCAUGGACCUUUUCGGACGGUACCGUCAAAGUGUUCUCAAAAGCUGGCAAUGAUGCGGUAGAGAAAUUCAGCGGCGUUGAUCGAGUGCAAAACACCCUUACUCUGGGUCACCAGGACAAGCUCAAGGUGACGCUCACGACAAAAGACGGUUCCACGGCGAAGCGACCACACCAAGCUUUCUUGGUCGUGAAGGAGGCAUCCGGUCUGGAGGCUCCUUUCCCGUUGACUGUGAAGGACUCUGGAAAGGGAACGGUCGAAAUUUCUCAGAAAGAUCUCCCCGUCCAACUGCUUCUUUCUCAAGAGCCUCUCGAAGCCAGCCUUGUUCUGGCCUCCUUUGGCUCUUCCAAGGGCUCAGUCACCCCUGUUUUCGAUUUCACCGUCAAGCUGGACGCGGCCACCUCUGCGCCUAGUUACGAGAAGCCACUGCGAUAUGGCAAGCUCGCUGAGAUCCAUCACAUUUUCCGAGCCGAUCCCAAGAACCCUCCCAAAAUUGUCUCUAUUACAUUUGCACUCGCCGUAGUUGCUACUGUGCCUGCCCUUUUUAUUGGCUGGUUUGCUCUUGGCGGGAACUUUACCCAUGUGCAGAAGGCCCUGGGAAAUGCCCCCAUAUCCCAUGUCGUCUUCUUCGGAUCAAUCGUUGCUAUGGAGGGUGUCUUCUUCCUCUACUACACGCAGUGGAACCUGUUCCAGACCCUGCCUGCGAUUGGCGCUGUUGGCGUCGCCGCCUUCUUGAGCGGAACCAAGGCUUUGGGUGAGGUUCAACGCCGACGAUUGGCCGGCGAGAGGGCGUUUACACCACCAUCUGCCGAAGAGACUGUUAAUCAUCCGGCGUUUGCUUCGGUAAUCUGGGCUCUGGAGCCUCAUCGGCAAGGCACGGUUGAGGCUGCAAAAGGGCGAGGUGGUCCUGUGAAGAUUGCUUGGGAGAUUCAUGGAGAUGGGCCAACUAAAGUUCUGCUCAUCAUGGGUUUGGCCGGUAUAAAGACAUCGUGGCAGCGCCAGACGAAAUACUUUGGCCACGACCGCUCAAAUGAGUACUCCGUCCUCAUCCUGGACAACCGAGGCAUGGGCGACAGCGACAAGCCCAUUGCGCGCUACACCACCAGCGGCAUGGCCGCCGACAUCGUCGAGGUGCUCGACCACGUCGGCUGGACCUCCGAGCGCGAGGUCCAUCUCGUCGGCAUUUCCCUCGGCGGCAUGAUCGCCCAGGAGGUCGCCUGUGCGAUUCCCACCCGCCUGCGCUCCCUGACCUUGAUAGGGACCACGGCGCAGUUCGAGAGCGGGCCGGCAAAGUCCUGGUCCGACGCCAUGUGGCAGCGCCUGAGCUUCGUCAUCCCCAAGUCAGAGGACCAGAGCAUCUUCGACACUGGCCGCAAGCUCUUCCCCGAGGAGUGGCUUGCCGCCCCGGAUGAUGCCGCGUCGCUGCCCUCGCCAAAGACGACGUCUCGGUGCGGCCCCGCGCCCGGCACGCCUGACGGAGAGUAUCGCGCCUUUGACAGCAAUUUCCAGCGGUUUCAGGCGCAGGAGCUCUUCAAGAAGCGCCACGCAAGCUGGUUCACCCAGCAGGGCUUCCUGUGCCAGCUGAUUGCGGCGGCAGGGCAUCGGAAAACGCCACAGCAGCUGCGCACGAUGGCGGAUCGCGUAGGGAGGGAGCGCAUCCUGAUCAUGCAUGGGACGGUAGAUAAUAUGAUUACGGUGCCGAAUGGAGAGAAGCUGAUCAAGCUCAUUGAGCCGGGAACGGGGUUGAUUGUCGAGGGAAUGGGUCAUGCACCAAUUAUGGAUAGAGCAGAGUGGCUCAACGGCCUAUUGGAGGAGAGAUUCACGGCUUGGGGGAAACUGUGA